UCACACAUUUACAAGUUACACCCAUCAACCCAUUCAAGUCAUAUUGCGAUGGAGUGACUAGUGAGCGAGAAAACAUCAUUGGAGGGAAACAUACCUAAAAACAAUGGCACAUCAACUUUUAUUAUCUCCUCCCAAUUUCUCCAUUGGAACCCAACUCCAAACUCAUGGAUUAACUUCCAACCACUUCCCUUCUUUCUCCUCCCACAACUCCAUUAUCACGAGUAUUAGCCAUUUGAAGCAAACUAACAACUGGGUUUCCAAUGUUUCCUUGUCAAAGCCCUUACUUUCUGGUGUUCAAUGUCGCCAGUCUUCAGAUUACUUUGAACAAUCUCCUUCUAAGUUAUCCUCAUCUUACUCACCAAAUUCUUCUCCUGGUGUAUCACCUAGGGUUUUUGUGGGUCAUUCAAUAUAUAAAGGGAAAGCUGCUCUUACAGUGGAGCCCAGAGCUCCGGAAUUUUUGCCAUUGGAGUCAGGUGCGUUUAAGCUUUCAAAGGAAGGGUGCAUAAUGCUUCAAUUUGCACCCGCUGCCGGUGUUCGUCAAUAUGAUUGGAGCCGAAAACAGGUGUUUUCUCUUUCGAUUUCUGAAAUUGGAAGCUUGGUAAGCCUUGGGCCAAAGGAGUCGUGUGAAUUUUUUCAUGAUCCAAACAAAGGAAAAAGCGACGAAGGCAAAGUAAGGAAGGUAUUAAAAGUGGAGCCUCUUCCGGAUGGCUCCGGCUACUUCUUCAAUCUAAGUGUUCAAAAUAAACUUUUAAACUUGGACGAAAACAUCUACAUACCAAUUUCAAAAGCAGAGUUUGCGGUUCUUCUAUCAGCAUUCAACUUUAUCUUGCCAUACCUUAUAGGUUGGCAUGCCUUUGUUGAUUCCAUAAAACCAGACGAUAGCAAUAUGACGAUCAGCUCAAACUCGAGAACUCUAGACUCUGAAUGGAGCAGAUACUAGAUAGUCUGCGCUCUAUAUAUAUGAAAGCAAAGUUUUCUCCAGUGCCAUGGUUAGAAAGAUCGUAACGGUUAUGGUGUUUAGUAAUCUAACUAGAUAGAAAGUAGUGUUUGAGGUCUAUGGAUUUGUUAUUCACAUUUAUGUGUGAUGUUUAGCAUUCUAGCUAGGUACUAGAAAGUUUUAUAGGGAAGUUUCAACACUAGCAGUAACGCUGAUGUUGGCUUGUUAAACAGCCCUUGUGAUUGUAAGGUUGUCGAUGGAAUGGUUGGGUAGCUCCAUCCACAUUUUCGCCUUGGUAUUUUAAUCCCCAUUAACGUCCGAUCUCAA